AUGGAAACAAGAGCUAAAUAAAAAAACUGCUUUGUUAUCAAAACUCAUCUUACUUAAUAAUUAUUGACCAGCCGGUUACCAAAAUUGCAAAGCUAAAGAUAUUUUACUAAAAUAAACUUAAAUAGAGAUCAUAGGUAAGAUCACAUAAAAUUAUUAUCGCCAAAUGAUAUGAAAUCAAACUAAGAAAUGUAAAUAAAUAUCAUAUUAAUUUAAUAGACCUAAAAGAAGUCUUAGUUCUGAAUCUACAUUCGAAGGAAGCUUAAAUAAGAGAUGUUAAUAUAUAUUUUUAACUUUUACACAUUAAAAAACAAAAUAUUAAAGACAAUAGUUUUGCUUAAAAAUGUGGAGAAAAUUAAUCCUUUGUGUUUAAGCCAUUCUUUUUAUAUUCAAAGUUUCAUUAAUUGAAUAUAAGAUCAGAAGUAGUUCUCCAACAAAGAUGUCAAUAUGUCACUAAUUGAUACAUCAUCAUCCAUACCCUGAAAGUCCAUCAAACAGAAAAAGAAAGAAGAGUUCUGGUUUAGAAACUAAAAAUAGAAAUUGUAGUUUUGGUGAAAGAAUUCAAACUUUAAUUCUUCUUUAAAAAUUGAAAUUUGAUACUCAAAAAAAUAAUACUUAUGUUAGACAAUUGAAAAAUUAAGAUAUAAGAUUAACUCGCUUAAUAAGUUAAAAAGCACUUAGUACUCAUUCAUUACAUACAACAAUUGAUCAUUCCAAAUAAUUACCUGCAAUUAAUAAGUUCGAAUAUAUUGAAAGACCCUCUUUAAUUUCAUCUUAUUCAAAAAAAAUUUCUCUAAAAUUAAAGAAAAUAUAUUGA